AUGCCUCUCUAUCAGUCGCCUACCUUGAGGUACCCCACAUGUAACCUUGCACCACCAGCCUCACAGGCAAAGAGCAGAAACAAAUCUGGUAACAAGGAGUCGGCGUUCGGUCACAAUCUGAAGGCGCUAGAGAGAAGCGGGCUGAGUGGGGCUAUGCUAAAAGCAACCUUGGUGCAAGUCAGCGUUUCCUGGCGUACGGAGCACCAAUCACAGGGCGGUACCCCCGAGACCCUGACUGGGAAGGAUCUCAAAGUGCUGGUUUUCAAGGUUCCCCCCAAAGUCCAAGCCCAGCUCAGAACAUCUAAUCAAGGUUCUCACCCGGCCUCAAGUGGAGGCCGACACAACAUACCAGAAUGGAGUCCACCAUUGCAACCUACUUCUACGUCCCAAGCCAGAUGCUCGCCCAGUGGUUCAGACCAUCACAGCUCUUUGGCGCCCACGAACCAACCUAACCUCGCGCCGUGGGAGAUUUCCGUAUUUGAGCCCUCGGACUUCUUCCACUAUGGUGUCGGGGUAGGGGGCCUUCACCCGGACCCUUUGAGUCUGGGUGACAGCUCCCUGUCUGACAAUUGGCUCACGGGUGCCGUCGAUAAUGGUAGCUUCGGCCUGGAUUUGACUGGACUCGAUUGGUCUGAAGGCGCCCGCCCGGCGCCAUUACCAGCUUUUGAUAUUUCACACAUUUUACAGAAUGAUGUUUAUGACCACAUCCUGGCUACUACUACCACCACCAUGCCAAACACGGCAGCUUUGACAGUGACUACCAUGCCGUCUUCAGCAAAUGUCACACCUUUGCAGCAGUCUCCAUCCUCCACGCUUUCUCAUGAUUUUGGAUCAGAGACCACUCCCCCAUUUUCUGCUUCCACAGAGCCAACGGGUCAACGUAAUUCACGAAAGCGCUCGCCCCCGGUGGAUCCUGAGACGGCUAUCAAGCGUCAGCGAAACAAUAUUGCUGCACGAAAAUACCGCCAAAAGAAGAUUGACCGCAUUAGCGAACUGGAAGCUGAACUGAAGGAAGUCAAGGAUGACCGUGAUGAUCUGCGAGUUCGUCUUGCGCGUCAGGAGGCCGAGGUUGCUGCUUUGAAGAGUCUGUUCAAGAUCAAGGGUGGUUUCGAUGUAUAA